AUGGGUGUUCCAGGUUUCACCACGUACUUGGAUAGCAACACCCACAUUUUUCUCGAUUUCAGAUUAAAAAGUACUAAAAUAAUUGUCGACGGAAACAAUCUGUUGCAUUUUUUGUACAAUUUAUACCAAAUACCAUACCACUACGGCGGCGAUUACACGAUUUUCGCCGAUACCUGUCGACAGUUUUUUCUAUCUUUAACAAAAUGUUUAGUCCUUCCCUACGUUGUUUUUGACGGAGCCUACGAUCUAGACGGCAAGAAGUUCAACAGUUCCCGUUUGAGAGCCGCCAAAAAAGUGACAGCUUCACUGAAUAACACAAAAGAUGGCUGUGCGUUUGUUGUGCCCUUAUUAACUCAGGAAAUUUUCAAAGAAAUCUUAGACGAAUUGUUGAUAAAGCACGUCACCUGCAAUUAUGAAGCCGAUGAUCAGAUCGCUUCACUGGCCGCUGAGUGGAAAUGUCCAGUCCUAACGAAUGACAGCGAUUUCUUCAUUUUCGAUUUGCCAGGUGGCGUUAUACUGUUGGAUUAUUUGAAUAUGGCCAUCAAAACUGAUGAAGAUGGCGCUUUUUAUAUGGAUGUUCAAAUGUACAGUGCUGAAAAGUUGAAAAAAGUUAUGGGGAUUCACGAUCAUUCAUUGAUUCAUCUGUUUGCCACAGUCAUGGGAAACGAGUACAUACCUGGUUCCACAUUCGAACAAUUUUUCAGAAAGUUAAAUUACUUCAGUCAUGUCCCGGGCAUCAAACUCAAUCAGAUCCCCAACGAUCGACGAAAAAUAUUCGGCCUCUUCAAGUGGUUUGCACUGAAACGAAACAUUAAAGCAGCCAUCAGAGACAUUAUGUUCGAACUCAACUGCAACACAGAUGAAGAAAACAGGAUUAGAGCUUUGAUAAAUAAAUCAAUUGAAAAAUACAGCAUCACAAACUGCUACAUACAUGUUAUCUUCAACGACUAUGAUGAGGUCUUCACAUCUGAAGAUAAUUUUUCUAAAGUAGAUACAGGUAAAUUGAUCAACAAUCAUAAUGAAAGUGCACCUGUCUGCUUUAAAAUGCAUUUCAAUCAGGGAGCUCUCAAUUCUAAACUAGCAAAUAUUUUUGUUUCUCAGAAAGUUCUCUUGCAACCUCAAAUAGAAAACAGGACAGAUCCAUCAUCACAUGUUUGCAGCUCCAAAGUUAGAGAACUUUUAUAUGGACUGCUUUUGAAAAGUGGCCCAGAGGGCGAACAU